AUCCAAAGCCACAAGCCUCCUAAGACCGCCAAGCUUGGCAGAUGCGUCACGCGCACGCAGUCUUCAGCUUGGCCACGAUGCCCACAUCCCUACGUUCUGAUGUUCAGAAUCAAAAAGUCGUGCUUUCAUCCGCCGGUGAGCGCUACAGAGCAUAAGUUGAGCCAUGGUUUAAAGGCGCUUUCACCCUUGGCGUUGCUGUGGCUCCAGAUUGAAACCGUUCCGAUUUUCCCAUGGCGUUGCUGUCGCCACCGCCUGGCCCUGUUGGUGCCGGUGCUUCCGGCACCACUCCCAGCGCGCCCAGCGCGCCUGGAGCAGCCGCAUGGACUCCAUGUGUGUUCGGUACAUGGUCGCAAGGGCGACCGGCCUCAGUGCCAAGUGCAGUGCUGGGCCUUUGCGGCGUCUUCAUGGCCAGACGUGUGGUUCACCAGGGGCUGCGAGCGAAACUUUCGAAGAGAAUCCAGAAUGAGAAUGGAUUCAGGAAGCUGCCAGGAGGGGGGAUGGAGAUCAACUUGACAGUGAAAGACAAAGAGAAGUCCAAGAGCGAUGCCGACCUGAGCGUGGGUGAGUUGAGGCACCUGCAGAUUCGACACUCACAGAUCUCAAGCCUCAACAACUUCUUUCGGCAGAAGCACAAACGAAGCAAGAAAAGGGGCAUUGCCCCGCAGAUCUUGUACGUCGAACGACCAGAUAAUCCUUGGAGAGACCGCUACUUGGUUUGCAAAGACUGCGAGCGGCGUGUGAACUACGAGAACAAGCCCCCGCGGAGUAACUGCAACAAUUCCACGGUCAUGGAACUUGACAUGACGGCACAGUUCUCCCGAGAUAACGUGAUGGUCACCAGUUGUGAGUUGGUGCAGAUGGUGAGAGACGAUGUGUGGGUCAAGUAUGAGAAGGGUACCUAUGCUAGAACUGACAAGAAGCAAGCGCCAGCUUUCCCAGUUCAAGUCUGCUGCGUGUGCCGGAAGACCACGUUGGAGGAAGGGCGGCGGUUCAAGGUCUGCCCCGUUUGCGAGGGUGCUGCGUACUGUAGUGAAAGCUGCUUCGCUGAGCACAAUUUGAAGCACCAGGCUUCCUGCGUCAGACCCCAUUUGCCCUACCGUGGUGAGUGGGGCAUCAGGAAGGAACUCCGGGAGAUGCGCAAAGAGAUCUAUCCCCUCAUCAACUCUUGGGUCUUUCGGGAACCAGAGGAACACCGAGUGGCUUGGUUGCCGCCUCCGGAGCACCAGCAAAAGAUCUUGGACGCACAAAGGACGCCCAAGAGAAUCAGCCUGGCUGGUGGCCGUAGCAGGAAGCUGCUGCCUGCGGAAGGCCUCGCACGAAGCAGCGUGGAAGGUGGACAGAUCGUGUUGAGAAAGAAGGAUGCUUUGGCCUACAGAAGCCCAAGGGCUUAUAGGAAGCAGGAAGAGCCUGACCAGACCUUCCUGGAUGACAUUGGAAUGACCAGAGAGGAGUACAUGCGCAAGGAUUUGGAACUUCGGGCCGAGGCGAUUCGAGCUGAUGAGGAAGCCCUGUCCCUGGUUCCUGUGAACGAAGAAGAAGAGGAGCCAGAAGAGGACCUGUCCUUGCCGUUGCAGACCUUUGGUGGUAAGAAGGUGCGUCCCAGGACCACAUUGCACGGAACGCACAUCCCGGUGCCUGUCCGAGAGGUGCCCAAGCUGGUCUUCUCUCAGGAGGCUGUGGAGCGGGUGGAGGCGGCGGCGGCGAAUGGCGAGGUGAAUAUCGAUGAUCCGCAGUUGGCACCCACCAAGCCGCCCUGGGAGAUCCCGCGCGAGGGACAGAAGAAGUUCUGGACACCGCUGCCGGAGGAGAAGAAGAAAGAAGGUGUGCAAUAUCCCGAGUCGCCGGUGCGGGAGCUGGCGAAGAAGUACGGCGUGCGCCUCUCUGAGGAGGCCCUGGACCGUCUGGAGAAGGCCGCCGAGACAGCCGAGCCCAAUCGCAAUCGGAUCAGCUGGCAGAAGCCAGUGCUCAAGGACGAUGCCCCAGAAAAGCUGGCGUAA